CAAUUGUGACACGAGGCGAAGGCGAAGGUCGGAGGGAGUAGGAAUAUAAGGGCGUAGGGCGAAGGGAGCCGGAUAACGAUUGGAAUCCAUCUCAGAGACCUACCACCACCUACGAUACGCACAUUCAAGAAUUUUAUCUGUACAAAUGCCCAAAAAAACGAAAGGAGGAGGCAGCAAGACUAAAUUUAACACAAACGUCUAUCAGGACGGAGAAAUGACGAAUCUCCACCUCGACACCAGACCCUUAGAACCGCUGGUACUUGACAAUGAUGUUGGCAAGAUGACGCAGAAGUUGGAUACCCAGGUCGGCAAAUGCAAAGCGGGAGUUGCAUGGAUCAAUAUACUCGCACUCAGCAAGAGAUUGAAGUUUGGGACCUAUAAUGAUAGGGCCGAGAACGAAACAGAAACUAACAAAUUAGUGACGUCUUUUCGCGAUGGGAUCAUGUCCAUGAAGGACCAGACAGCGAUUCCGAUCAUCAUCGAUAUCGCACGCAUCAAAAAUGCAGACUCGUUGUCGAAGGAUUUCCUUGAUCCGGGGGACGUACCUGAACUCGAACUCGUCGACAAAGACCCUAUCGUGGUCGCAUCGGGACAGCACCGACUUGCUGCCUUAGUGAAAUUCAAACAACAGCUAGACGAUGAGUUCAACGUAAACAAGGUCCAGUUCGAUAUGCGCGUCAUCAUGGGGAUCACGGAGAGUGUUGGAAAAUGGGGGGUGGUCGUAUAUAAUCAAAGUGAGUGGUGUGUUCCGCGCAUGCCACAGUGGCCGGCGCGUGUAUAAGCAGACGCGACAUCACAGAAUGUCCGCCCAGGCCACUGUUCCCAACGCGGACCUCUGACCUUGUUGAUUCUGUAGGGAAGCUGUUAGCGAAGGGUAACGAUGACCUGGCUACUCAUCUGAGUCGCAACAAUGCGUUGCCCGAGUACGGGGAGACCGACGAAGAGGUCAUAAUAACUGCGUUCAAGAGGAUGUUAGUAGCCUACGACGCGGCACCAGAAGAGUCGAAACGUGAUGCAGCAACCACGGCCCUCGUCGAGGUACGG